UCAGUAGACUCUAUUUAUUUACGUAAAUAUCAAUUAGUGAAAAAAAAUCAACAACAAACCAACAAUUUAUCAACAUGGAUCAAUUUUAGACGAGAAAUCAACUGCAGGUCUAUUUGAAUCCAACGAAACAAAACUCGAUAAAGCUGAAAGGAGUUAAUUUGGACAGGAUACCCGCGGCUUAUUUCCAUAUUAAUUGAUGACUUGUGGCCACCCAUGGUAAACAAUCGGAUCCGCACCUUUAUUAAUCGACAUGUAACAAAACAACAAAUAUUAGAUGGUGGUAUUACAGUAUAUACAUUGUUACAGUCAUAUAAUUUUUGUAUAUUUCUCCUGGCAGCUCAGGAUAUCGGACCGACCUUUUGUAAAAAGGAACUUCAAGAAUAUUCUAAAUGUUGACUGGGCUCUACUGGUGAUUUAUUCCUUAAUAUAAUGGAUAAUGACGUCACAUAAACACAUAUUAUAACUAUUUUGUCUAAACUGACUAAAAGUCAAGAAUUAUAAAAAUAGAAACUUCUUUAUUCUACCAUUCAAGAUGUCUCCGCUACGAAUUAUUUAUUUAAUGAUCCUGUUUAAUGGAUUGUUUUGUGUGUCUAAUCAAUCUACUACCACAAGUGAACCAUUAUCAGAACCAGAAACCACAAGUGAGCCGGCGUCAGAACCGGAAACAACCAACGAACCGGCGUCAGAUCCAGAAACAUCAGGUGAACCCACAUCAGAACCAGAAAUAAACAAUGAACCUACACCAGAACUGGAAACAACAGGCGAGCCAGAACCAGAAACAACAAGUGAGCCUGUGUCAGAACCAGAAACAACGAAUGACCUGGCAUCAGAACCGGAAACAACAGGAGAGCCAGCAUCAGAACCAGAAACAACAGGAGAGCCAGUAGCAGAACCAGAAACUACAGGAGAACCAACAUCAGAACCAAAAACAUCAGGAGAGCCAACCUCAGAACCAAAAACAGGAGAGCCAGCAUCAGAACCAGAAACAACAGGAGAAUCAGUAUCAGAACCGGAAACUACAGGAGAACCAACAUCAGAACCAGAAACAGCCAGUGAACCAACAUCAGAACCAGAAACAACAGGAGAACCAGCAUCAGAACCAGAAACAACAGGAGAGUCCACCGCAGAACCAGAAACAACAGGGGAGCCAGGGUCAGAACCAGAAACAGCAAGCGAACCAGCAUCAGAACCGGAUACAACAGAAACAUCAGGUGAACCCACAUCAGAACCAGAAAUAAACAAUGAACCUACACCAGAACUGGAAACAACAGGCGAGCCAGAACCAGAAACAACAAGUGAGCCUGUGUCAGAACCAGAAACAACGAAUGACCUGGCAUCAGAACCGGAAACAACAGGAGAGCCAGCAUCAGAACCAGAAACAACAGGAGAGCCAGUAGCAGAACCAGAAACUACAGGAGAACCAACAUCAGAACCAAAAACAUCAGGAGAGCCAACCUCAGAACCAAAAACAGGAGAGCCAGCAUCAGAACCAGAAACAACAGGAGAAUCAGUAUCAGAACCGGAAACUACAGGAGAACCAACAUCAGAACCAGAAACAGCCAGUGAACCAACAUCAGAACCAGAAACAACAGGAGAACCAGCAUCAGAACCAGAAACAACAGGAGAGUCCACCGCAGAACCAGAAACAACAGGGGAGCCAGGGUCAGAACCAGAAACAGCAAGCGAACCAGCAUCAGAACCGGAUACAACAGGUGAACCUGUAUCUGAACCAGAAACAACAGGCGAACCGACAUCAGAACCAGAAGCAACCAAUGAACCGGCAUCAGAACCAGAAACAACCAAUGAGCCAGCGUCAGAACCGGAAAGUACGUCGGAGCCUGAAACGAUGUCAGAACCAGAAAGUUCACCCGAACCAGGAACUGUACCAGAAAACAAUUCAACAUAUCCCGAACCAGAAGUUCCUGAACCCGAAGUUUCUUCAGAACCCGAGAAAAUAGCUCAAGCAGAAGUAAGACCAUCAGCUACAGAGAUAAUUGUUCCACCAUUUAUGCUUAUGGUGGUUAUUUUAUGUGGUUUAUUUGCCUUAUUACUCAGAUCUAAGUACACAGCAAUACAAAAAUCUACGCUGACUUUCAGUAAAACCUUUAUACGAAAUGUUAUUUCAAAUAGAAGCCGAUUUAACUCCACCAACAAGGCUACCCCGAUACAGAUGAUUAACAUCGACAAUAAUAAUCUGGAGGACAAAGACCACUGUGAUUCGAGUGGGGACUCGUUUUUCACAGCUUUUGAUUUGGAAGUCAUGGAAAGCCUGAAAAAUUCGUAUAAUCGACCCAAAGAAUUAUUCCGAAUUGCCUUGCCAGCUUUACUGUCUCUUGCUUUGUGUCCUCUAACCCUCUAUAUGUAUGUUCCAGUAACGGAGUUCCUGUGGCCCAGCAACGAGCAUGCAAGUAAACCCGAUAUAAACGACGCCAUAGCCUGUUUUCUGGCCCCAGCUGGAUUAGUUUACGCCACUUCUUUCGGAUUCGCUUUUCAAUCUGCAAUCAGCAAGCAACACGAAAUCCUCAUGAAAAUGACAUCAGAAAUAAGUAUGAUUGACCAGAUAGCCACAUUUACGGCCAAAUUACGUUUGCCAACCCAGAUAUUAAGAAUGGAUGUAUACCGUGCCAUCAAAACUGAAGCAAUAUUCAUGAUAUUACAAAUCUUAGAUCGAGAUAUUUAUUCCUACAAAAAUCAAGCUCCGGAUGAUCUUAAAGUCCGGAUUUGGUCAGUGUUUGAUACUCUUCGAUCAGUAAAUACGAGUAAAGAUAACUAUGUUGAUAGAUGUCUGUCUGAGAAAAUCAUGGCACAUAUCAUGGCAUUAAAUAGUAUAUGUUCUGAUAGAAUGGGUGUUUUACAUGCCAGAAUACAUCCAGUCAAGUGGAUGUUUUUAGAGACGCUUGGCUUUUUCUCAUUUAUUGGUAUACUGCUGUUGAAUGCCUUCUCCUAUAGAAUGGAAUUACUCAUGUGUAUAAUCACCGUGUUCUCUAUUAGCAUGCUGUGUUUUGUUGUAUCUGAUCUCGAUUCACCCUUCAGUGGUUUCUUUCGGGUAGACCUGUCAGUAAUGCACGACGUCAUAGAACGUUUAGCAGCUAUGCACGAGCUGGCUAAAACGGGUGAAAAUGGAUUGAUCUUUUAUCCGGAGCGAUCGAACGGUAAACACGCGUGCCCAGACACCAGACCCACUACAGCUGAAGUGAAGACAGAUAGAUAUAUAAAAGAUUGCUGGUGAUUGUUUCAAUUAGUUUUAACACAAAUAAAUUAAAUAUGUAAUUUAUUUAUAAACAGAAGGAUGUAUUAAUAACAGAACUAGCAUUUCGGCAAAAAUGAGUGUAUGUCUGUUGAAUAUUAAUUAAAGAUACGUCUUUAAUUGCGGGACCAAUUUCAAGUCUAGUGGCCGCCUUAAAAAAUGUUAUAUAAAUUGUUAUUAAAAUAUUUAUUAACACGACAAGCCUAUAAUCAACCCUCUGGGCCAUCGGAUGGCUCCGAUUUUAAGUAGAUUUAAAGAUACAUUAUGGGAGAUUCGAUAACGAGUUGCCAGUUCUCACUAUAAUAGUUACAAACUAGAUAAUGAGGUAAUUUGCUGAAAAUUUCAUCACAAUUGAUCCACUAUGAACGAAAACUAAGCGAUUGAAAUUUCCGCCUAGCCUCGAUCAUCGUUUCUAAAGUCAGUACGAUAAAAAGCAUAGUCUCGAUUAUCCAUUUAAUCGUUAAAUCGUGAUGGAAAGUUAUGCAGUAAAUCGGCUCAUAAUCCACCAAGGAUCGCAGGCUAGCGAUGCCAUCUAGAGUUGAUUAUGGUCUGGAUAGCUUAAUUAAUGUCUAAUUAAUAAUUUAGAUAACAUUUCAGGCCUAAACAAAACCCUGCAAUAGACAUAUUUAGCUCUUGCAUAAUGUAUGUUUAAAUAGAUAGAAUAAAUAAUCGAGACUUAGUCCUGAUUGUCAAGUACUGUUUCUACGAUAAUAAACUAAU